CCGGGUGAUUCAUUUUGCUCACCGAGUUGUAAAGUAACCGGAUUUAGGAAUGGAAAAACAAUAUCAAAAAUCUUGAAAUUUCUGAGAUAUUUUCUAGCCUCUUCUGUCUUGUAGAGGAUCUUAGUGCUGACCUUAAGGGAGGAUAUUUUGGUCAGGAGCGUUACAACGUGGUUGGUUGAAAUGUCUUGGUUGUUUGGCUUUGGCAAACAAACAUCAAAAGACUUCGACAUUCCUGGUGACGUCCCACCACCACCAAGCCCACCUGCAAGUUUACAGGAUAAGAAGCAGUCUAAAGAUACGGCUUCUGCUUACCGAUUUGAUUCAGCUGCACUUGAAAGAGCUGCAAAGGCAGCUAGAGAACUUGAAUCAUCUAAACAUGCGAAGGAAGCAUUUGAUCUAUCUCAAAAACAUGAACAAACUUUACAAAUGGAAUAUCAAUCAAAAAUGAAGGAGUACGAGCUUGGAUUAGAACAGAUUAAAAUACAGCAAUAUAGAGCUCAGCAGGAAGAACGCAGGAAAACGCUAGAGGAGGAGGCGAGAAUACAAAAGCAGCGCGCCGAUUAUCAAGAUAUGCUGGCUCGUAAACGUCAGGAAGAUCAAAUAGCCUUACAGGUUCUUUUUUAAAUAGUUUUACUAAAAGGUAGGCCAAAGCUCAGGCAGACAAUCUAAAAAAACAGGAGGAAUCCGUUCAGAAACAAGAAGCAAUGCGAAGAGCAACAAUUGAAUUUGAAUCGGAUCUUCGCCACAAGAAUGAAAUGAAACAAAUUGAAGCAAAGAUUAGAGGUGAAGCUGAAGUUGAACGACAAAAUCGUGACCUGCGCUUAGAACGUGCACGUGUUGACGCCCGAGAGUAUCGUCAAACGGUCUUGGAAUCCAUAACAACUGCUGGCUCUGUCAUUGGUAAUGGUAUCAGCAAUUUCCUGUCAGAACCUGACAAGAUGGCCACUGUCAUUGGUUCACUAACGUUAUUAGCUGGCGGCGUAUAUGGGGCUAAAUAUGGGAUCGGAACAUUUACUAAAGUUGUAGAAUCUCGUAUAGGUAAACCGGCACUUGUGCGUGAGACUUCCCGACUAAAUAUAGUAGAUACUUGUCGUCACCCUAUCAAGACAGCCAAAACGGUCUUUCAGCGUCCUACGGAUCCUCUAGAAGGUAUAAUUUUGCGACCUGAGUUGGAAGCAUCUUUGAGAAAAAUUGCAAUUGCAACCAGACAUACCAAAGCAAAUAGAGGCUUUUAUCGAAAUAUCCUAAUGGCAGGUCCUCCUGGUACUGGAAAAACUAUGUUUGCAAAGAGUUUGGCUAUGCAUUCGGGUAUGGAUUACGCGAUUUUAACUGGUGGAGAUAUUGCACCUAUGGGCAGUGAAGGAGUUACUGCAGUCCACAAAGUUUUUGAAUGGGCCAAAACUAGUCGUAAAGGAGUUUUACUUUUUGUGGAUGAGGCUGAUGCAUUUCUUCGUAAAAGAGACCAAGAACGAAUAAGUGAAGGUGUCCGAGCAACUUUAAAUGCAUUUUUGUACAGAACUGGAGAACAGUCUAAGAAAUUUAUGUUAGUUUUAGCCAGUAAUCAACCUGAGCAGUUUGAUUGGGCAAUUAAUGAUCGUAUGGAUGAAAUUGUUCAGUUCACACUACCUGGUUUGGAAGAGCGUGAACGAUUGGUCAGGCAUUAUUUCGAUCGUUUUCUUCUUCAACCUUCGUUAACCAAAAGUCACCGUAUUCGCCUAGCUGAAAACAUAGAUUAUGCUGUAAAAUGUGCAGAGAUCGCUAAAAGAACGACUGGCCUCUCUGGACGCGAAAUUUCUAAAAUUGCAGUUGGAUGGCAGACAGCUGCAUAUUCCAGCGAAGACGGUGUUUUGACAGAAGGCAUGAUGGAUGCUGUUGUCGACAGUGCUAUUGCAGCUAAUCGUCAAAAACAGGAAUGGCGACACUAUAGACUUCCUGACGCGGUAGACGCUGUUCCAAACUAGUACCACUUACAAUAAGGAAGCUACCAGCUUUUGCAUUAUGCAUCACAUGUUAUAUACUAAUCUAUACAUGAUUCCCUGUGUACCUAAUCAGUAGUCUUUUUGAGAUAAGAUCAAGUAGUUUUUUCAAUCGCCAGAUAUAGUAUAAAAUUGUCAACUAAUUUUCUUAUUUAACAAAAAGCUUGUUAUGUCUAGUUUUUCUUCACGCAACGAACCAACAAUGAAGUUUUUUACAAAUUCAUUAAACGGUUCUGUGGGCACUUCAACGAUCUUUUAUCGUGUAUAUUGGGCUGGACAUUUUGAAAUAGAUCACCAAAGUUUGAUUGUUUAUAGUCCGAACAAUCCAGUUUCUAACUAGCCUUAAAUAUAAUGGUUAUUUAGACAUUUAGAGAGACGCUAGCGAGCAUCGGUCACUAAAUUCUAAAAACACCUGCAAAAGGUUGGGGUCUAUUCUAUUCUGCUUCCCGUGGCCUCGCCGGCGUAGGUAUAGCAUUGAGUCCUAGGGCAGAACUAGCUCUCUUAGAGUGGAUCCCAGUAGACAGUCGUUUGUGCGCUGUCCGACUGAACGGAACAGUAAGAAUCCGGAAAGAUAGGGACACUCGUCGUUGCCUUUUCGUCGUCUCUGCCUAUUCUCCCACUGACUGCAGCGCAGAUGAUGUAAAAGGUGAGUUUUACAGAAAACUUUCCGACCUUCUCCGAAAAGCUAAGCGCUCGGAUGUAGUAAUAGUGGCCGGCGACUUUAAUGCUCAAGUAGGUAAACUAAGACAUCUGGGUGGAUCUUAUAGCAUCAUGGCUCAAAGAACAGAUAAUGGCGACCGUCUGUUGCAGCUAU